AGCCUCCUUACACACACAACCGAGACUUAACGAUGACGCGCAUCGACUUCAAACAGCCGCACGUCAUGGCGGAGAUCGGGUGCAACCACAUGGGCGAGUUCGAGACGGCGAAGGAGCUGCUCACCCUCGCCAAGGAGGCGGGCGCUUCGGUCGGCAAGUUCCAGAAGCGCUGCCCGAAGGAGCUGCUCACGCCGGAGCAGUAUGCGGCGCCGCACCCCAACCCUCGCAACGCGUAUGGCGACACCUACGGCGCGCACAGGGAGUACCUGGAGCUCACGGUCGACCAGCACCGCGAGCUGAAGAAGCACUGCGAGGAGAUCGGGCUCGGCUACUCGUGCUCGGUCUGGGACGUGACGAGCGCCAAGGAGAUUGUCUCGCUCAACCCGAUCUUGAUCAAGGUUGGCUCGCCGUCGAACCAGCACUGGGAGAUGCAGAAGGUGCUGCGGGACGAGUACGGCGGUGACAUCCACAUCUCGACCGGCAUGACCACCAAGGAGGAGGUCGAAAAGAUCGUCACCUUUUGGGAGGAGGGAGCGGGCGACGCAAAGAACAGGCUGGUGCUCUACAACUGCACCUCGGGCUACCCGGUGCCCUUCGAGGACGUGUGCCUGCUCGAGCUGCGCGAGCUCUACGACAAGUACCACGCCCGCGUCAAGGCGAUCGGCUUCUCCGGCCACCACCUCGGCAUCGCCGUCGACGUCGCCGCGUAUGCGAUGGGCGCGCAGUGGAACGAGCGGCACUUUACCAAGGACCGGACCUGGAAAGGGACGGACCACGCCGCGUCGCUCGAGCCGGCGGGGCUGACGAAGCUCUGCCGGGACCUGCAGGCGACCUGGAAGUGCAUGACGCCCAAGGCGAGCGAGAUCUUGCCCAUCGAGAAGGAGCAGCGCGCGAAGCUCAAGUGGGGCUGCUACAACGCGGCGGAGGUGAAGAAGUGAGCGCGCCGGCUGGAGCGCGUGCGGGUGGCGCGGACCGAGCGUGCGCGGGACAUUGCGCGGUACUCGUGUGGGUGGCGUAUCCCCCUGUCCCUGUACGUUGUGUGUGGACAGGCGGGUGUGUGUGGGACUGGUGUGCGCAACGCGUCUCUUCCUCUCUCCUAUCGGCUCUAAGCGGCCUACGGCUUUAUCGCGACGAGUCGAGAUCCCCGUGUCCAUGACACGCCUCUCCCAGUAAAACGUAACGAUCGUUAUUGUUUUCCCGGCCGCCCCG